GGCUAGCCCGGCUUGUUUAGCGCUGCAGCCGCGCCGGCGCGGGGCUCCCGGGAGCGCCGGCCCCGCCCCGCGGCAGGGCCCGGGCUGAUGGCGGCCGGGCCGUGCGCUGGUGCUGCAGCCCGCGGGGAGCGGCUCGGGCUGGCCCCGACACGGCAAAGCACCAUUCUUUCAUGAAGAUGGGAGCACACAUAACAACUGCUUAUGACUGAAAUUGACACACCUUCCUGAAGAGCUACAAGACCACAAACAGGCAGUAAGAAGAGCGCAACCGAUCGCAGAGCACAAGAUGAGUAUCUUUUUUCUGCUGUUAGUUGUAGGAGUUUGCUGGGCACAGUACAGCCCUAACGCGCUCUCUGGGAGGACGUCUAUUGUACAUCUCUUCGAAUGGCGCUGGGCGGAUAUUGCUCUGGAGUGUGAGCGCUAUUUAGCUCCUAAUGGAUUUGGAGGAGUUCAGAUUUCACCUCCAAAUGAAAAUGUUAUCAUUACUGACCCCUGGCAACCAUGGUGGGAAAGAUACCAGCCUGUCAGCUACAAGCUGUGCACACGAUCUGGAAAUGAAACUGAAUUUAGAGACAUGGUGACCAGGUGCAACAAUGUUGGAGUACAUAUUUAUGUGGAUGCAGUAAUCAACCACAUGUGUAGAGCUCAUGCUGGUGCUGGCAGCCAUGCUACUUGUGGGAGCUAUUUCAGUGCAAAGACUGAAGAUUUUCCAGCUGUGCCUUAUUCUGGCUGGGACUUCAAUGAUGGUAAAUGUAAAUCUAGAAGUGGAGACAUUGAGAAUUAUCAUGAUAUAUCUCAGGUCCGAGACUGCCGCUUGGUGAGCCUUCUUGAUCUGGCCCUGGAGAAGGACUAUGUCAGCUCAAAAGUUGCUGAGUACAUGAACCACCUCAUUGAUAUCGGUGUAGCAGGCUUCCGAAUUGAUGCUGCCAAGCAUAUGUGGCCGGGGGACCUGAAGGCAGUUUUAGACAAGCUGAAUGACCUAAACACGAAAUGGUUUUCUGCAGGAACUAAACCUUUCAUUUACCAGGAGGUGAUUGACCUGGGUGGAGAGCCGAUCAAAGGCAGCGACUACUUUGGAAAUGGCCGAGUGACAGAAUUCAAAUAUGGUGCGAAACUGGGGACGGUGAUCCGCAAGUGGAACGGGGAAAAGAUGGCGUACUUAAAGAACUGGGGAGAAGGCUGGGGCUUUGUGCCUUCCGACAGAGCCCUGGUCUUUGUGGAUAAUCACGACAACCAGCGGGGCCACGGGGCCGGUGGAGCUUCCAUUCUAACGUUCUGGGACGCCAGGCUUUAUAAGAUGGCAGUUGGUUUCAUGCUUGCUCAUCCAUAUGGGUUCACGCGUGUGAUGUCAAGUUUUCGCUGGCCAAGAAACUUUGUCAAUGGACGGGACGUCAAUGACUGGGUUGGACCGCCGAGUAACGCGGAUGGAUCAGUAAGGCCCGUUACAAUCAAUGCAGACACUACCUGUGGCAACGACUGGGUUUGUGAACAUCGCUGGCGUCAAAUAAAGAACAUGGUCAUCUUCCGUAAUGUGGUGGACGGUCAGCCUUUCUCCAACUGGUGGGACAACGGCAGCAAUCAAGUGGCUUUUGGUCGUGGUAGUAAAGGCUUCAUCGUUUUCAAUAAUGACGACUGGGAUCUGAACAUCAGUUUGCAAACGGGACUGCCUGCUGGUACCUACUGUGAUGUUAUUUCUGGAGAAAAGGAAGGCAACACAUGUACUGGAGAACAGGUCUAUGUUUCCGGAGACGGGAUAGCUCGUUUCCACGUUGGUAACAACGCUGAAGAUCCAUUUGUUGCAAUUCAUGUUAAUGCUAAGUUAUAACUUGGGAGAAAUACCUUUCUCGACUUGGUGUGUGCAUUACUGUUCCCCCAUAUGUUGUUCACUGGUACUUGAGCCUGAGCAAUUCUCUGUAUCUAGUGAAUUAAAAAUGGCAAUCAAA